CCACAAGGAGCUGUACGUUCCAGGCCGACUGUGAGGCAGGUAGACGGGCGUGGAUCAGCGCCAUUCAGAACCUGACUCAGAGUAAAGAAACAGUCGAGAGCGAGGAAUCAGACGGGUACAAGAACGAUUCGGAAUCAGAUUUGUCAAGCAAGCAGACAGACUCACAGGGACCACAAGUGUCUUCCGAAGCUCCAGGUGGGAUGAGUUCUGGAGAAGUCGUCUGUGAUGCUCUCGAGAACAAGGAGGCUGAAGGAGAAACCACCGACGGAGAAGGUCAAGAGGAAAAGACGACCAACAUGAACCCGGACAGCCAAUACACCCUUGGAGAGCUGCUGGGAAAGAAAGACUGCGGUUCAGUCUAUGAAGGAGACCAUAAGGCAGAUGGGAACCAGGUUGAGGUGCCAUGCACUGUACCCGAGACGGACGACAUCUCAGAGGGAACGUCACGUGUGGUUGAGGACGUCUCCGAGCUGCACAAGUGCUAUGAGGUUCACGAAACCAUUGGAUCAGGUGGUUAUGCAACGGUCAAGCUCGGCAGGCACAUUCGGACUGAAGAGCCAGUGGCCAUCAAGAACCUGGAGAAGAAAGAGCUCGGGGAUGAGUUGUCCGAUUUGAGGAUCGAGAUUGAAGCCCUGAAGAGCCUCAAUCAUCAGCACGUGUGCCGCUUGUACCAAGUCAUGGAGACUGCUGACCAGAUCUACAUGGUGCUUGAGGUACCAUCAGUGGUUGGAAACUAUCAGAUUUGCUUCAAUCUCUGGAUUUACGAUGAUUUGCUGCUCACUUGA